AUGGCGGCCAUUCGCGUGUACGUGGGCGAGCUCAAGGAGCGAGUGGCCAAGCUGCACUUCCAGAAACAGCUGCUGCUCUGCCAGGUGCUAGAGCUGGAAGCAGAGAAGGAGGGGCGGCUGCUGCUGCAGCAGGUGCUAGAGCUGGAGGCAGAGAAGGAAGGGCGGCUGCUGCUGCAGCAGGCGGACAGGGGCGGGAAGGUGGGCGGGCGGUGGGGGCACGAGAGGCACAGCAGACAGAGAAUGACGUGGCAGGGGGAGAAGUGGCGCGGAGGGCACGAGGGGAUGGGUGGGGGGAUGGGCGUGUGGGGGGUGCGUGGAGGAGCAGGCAUGGUACGUGAGUCUGACGUGGCAUUGGGGAGGGGGGGGCUGGAGAAGAUAGAGGAGGGGCGGAGUGGGCGGGAGGGGGCGGAGGGAGGGAUGGAGAGAGGGGAUGAUGGUAAAGAUUGGCCUGGUUACAAUGCUGCUGGUGAUGCUGACGAUGCUGCUGCUGCUGGUGUGAAUCUUGCUGCCCGUGUUGAUUCUGCGGCUGGUGUUGAUGCUCCUGCUGGUGCUGAUAUCGCUGCUACUGUUGAUGCUGCUGCUGAUGCUGAUGCUGAUGCUGCUGCUGAUGCUGAUGCUGCUGCUGCUGCUGCUGCUGCUGCUGCUGCUGCUGCUGAUGAUGAUGAUGCUGCUGCUGCUGCUGCUGCUGCUGCUGCUGCUGCUGCUGCUGCUGCUGCUGCUGCUGCUGCUGCUGCUGCUGCUGCUGCUGCUGCUGCUGCUGCUGCUGCUGCUGCUGCUGCUGCUGCUGCUGCUGCUGCUGCUGCUGCUGCUGCUGCUGCUGCUGCUGCUGCUGCUGCUGCUGCUGCUGCUGCUGCUGCUGCUGCUGCUGCUGCUGCUGAUGCUGCUGCUGCUGCUGCUGCUGCUGCUGAUGCUGAUGAUGGUGAUCCAGGUGGGGAAGGGUUUUGGUACAUGAACGGGAACGUGGGGAAGUGCGAGCAUGGUGUGGUGCGUGUGGAGGAGGAGGGGGGCCAUGAUUGCACUGGAGAGGCAGAGGUAGGGGGAGAGGGAGGCGGGGGCACUGUGGAGAGUAGCGAGGAGAUCAGCAAGCAGGGGCGUGCAAGUGGGGAAGAGCGGCAGGAAAGUGCAAGCAGAGUGGCAGGCAGAGAUGCUUGUGUUGUAAACAACGUGCUGCUGGCCGUUGUGGGAAGUUGCAUGGAGGGUGGUGCCAUGGGUGAUGGUAAUGAAGGCCAUGUGAAUGAUGAAGGUGGUAGCAGGCACGAUGGACGCAAGGGGCGUGGAGGAGAAGGGGUGCCGGCGAGCAGGGCAAGCAGGCCGAGGAUGACGAGUGGGACGAGUGGAGUGAUUGGGAUGAGCAGCGUACAUGUGGAGGUGGAGUGGCGGCACAUGCGAUGGCUGCACAGGCAGCUGCAACUGCCCUGCCAUGCGGGCUGGCUCAGCCCACUCUGUCCCAAUCUGCCCUUGUGCAAUGCGCUUCGUCUCUCCUCUUUCCUUCCAAUCAUCCUCGUGCGUCCUGAUAGUAAUGGAGCUCAACUGAUUGAUUAG